AUGAGCAACAGCGCGCCGUUGCAAAGACUUCUGGUAUGGCUCAGAAGACACAAAGAGGACUCUUCUGCCAGCCCUCUGGGUACUGAACAACAUGGCCACGAUCCUUCCGUGGAUGCAUCUACAGAAAAGUCUGAGUGGCACCACUCAGAGAGCACACCACUCGAUCGAUCUGUCAGCAGUUCCACUCGACGCUUCAGCAAGAUCAGCGGCAGAAGCUGGUCAACAGAUAGAUGGUCGGACGACAAUGCUUCCGAACUCAAGAGGCAUUCAAGAAGUCAUAGGCUCUCUAUGUUCAGUAGCCACAAUCCGGACGAGGACUCCAAGAGUCUAUCACCUACAAUUUCGUCUUCCGCGAGCCGUCCUCCCAGCUAUGUUCCUCGCCAUGCUUCAUCCAGCCACCUCCGCACCACGGCUCCGCUUUCUCCAUAUGGACAGGCAGUCAAGGAUCGCAAAGCCAAUCAGGCCUAUUGA